UUAAAUAUAAAGCGUGUUUUAUUUUCAUACCAAAGAUGAAUGCCACAAUUUCUCUUAAGGCAUCAGGUACACGGCAACCUUUUCCACGCUAAUAAAUAUACAGGGGUUUUCAGGAGUUAGCAUAGAUGUGGGACACUUUCUUUACUUUUUUUAUGCGACGUUUUUUUGUUUUGUUUUUUUUAUGUAGAGCAUCUCUUAUUUUUAAGCGAAAUGAAGUUUAAAUGAUGAGAAUUACUAUAUGGCUAUAUGAACUCUAUGCCAUCCUUUUAAAACUAUUUCAAAGAAUUCCAAUGAGUCUGUACCAACAGGAUGUUGUAAAGUCCAAUUUCCAUCACAUGAAGUUUAUUUUCCCGAAAGAAAGGGUCAAGAAAGUGUUCAGGCCGGGCUACAUUGAUCGUACUCGCAAGCGUAAUUUUGAUUUUCACUAGCGCAUCUGGCGGCGGCUGGUGGAAGCUUUUUUUGGUCAUCGAGGGAAUGGACCUGCCGGAUCUCAAAAUUAAGUAGUUUUUCCAUCGUUUUCCAUUGCAAAAAUGGAUGCAAUGCGUGCAAGACAUGUGUAUCUACGUUUUACAAAACUUUUCUCCUCCGAUUUAAGUAAAAAACAUGGAAAAUUAACGUAUUUUCUGGAGCGGCUCCAAAUUGUUUGGCAAAAUGCUUCGGUCAGCCGCCGCCAGAUGCGCUAGUGAAAAUCGAAAUUAUACCAGCGAGUACGAUCAAUGUAGCCCGGCCUUUCCACAGCUAUGUGGUACUGUCGUCCAUUCAAACAACUUAACAACAUGCCCAUCAAGAGUUCAAGUCCCUCAAUGGACUAUGUCCCCAUACGUAGGACUGACGUUGCAUAAAGCUUUUAAUUGUAGGCGAAUGUGGAUCAUAAACGUCAACCUCAUACAUCACCGCGCGGCUACAUGAGGUGAAAUAUACAGCGAAAUGAACUAUUUGACAGGUGAAAUAUCUGACAGAUACAGCUAAAGGGUUGGGGGAGACACAACAUCCGCUUUCAAAAUUCUAUUAAAAAUAAUAUCUUCUUAAGCAGAACAUUCCCUAAUUGGAAGAAAUUAUGAACUGUUGACUAAAAAUUGACGAAAUACUCGAUAUUAAAGUUAUUUAAUGGAUUUAAUUACGAUUUUGUGCACGUUAUUUGUUUACAUUGCACAUCAGCUGGUUGCUGUGAUGCUUUAUCCGUCAGAUAUUUCGCCUGUCACAUAGUUCAUUUCGCUGUAUAUUUCACCUCAUGUAGCCGCGCGGUCAACUGUCAACCGAAUAUUGUCCAAACCUUGUACAAAUGUAAAAUCUUGGCAACCCGGCCGAGCUGUCAGAAAAAGAGAAUAAAAAGGGGAAUUCACGUUGUGUACGCAGUUGGAAAAGCACGUGUAAUUCUGUGUCUUAUGUCCUUCAGUCCUUAAGAAUAUUUUAUAUGACGUUGUUUACACAAUAAAGCUAAAAUGGCAUUAUUUUUAAAAAUCAAAUGUAAUUUUGACAUUUAGAAAAUGUCGCCCCUUUUGGGCUGUUCCUCUGGAAUGUUUUUUUUUUUUUAAUUUCCAUUCUUGAACCAACCCUCACAAAUGUCCGAAUGACUCUCGUGUACACUCACCUUAACAAUAUCUCUCACUCGUUUUCUCUCAUUGUUUCUCUCUCUUUCUUUCAACCAUGCACGCACCAACAGCGUACCAUAGGUCAAGACUAUUUCUCUCGCAACGGCGCUCACACACGGACGUGCGCACGCUCUCUCUCUCUCUCUCCUUUCUGCGUGGCUCACCUGAAGAUCAUCGCCGAUCAUUGUGUUGCAUUCUUUCGUCCGAGCCAAACGUUAGGUGCAUCGUCUGAAAGUGUGAGGCUCCGAGGGUUUUUUUGAAAUAAAAAGACGUACCUUAAUUCACAGUCAAUAAACGAAUAUAAAAGCCGAACCACACCGAAAUGGGCGAAAAACUGUCCCCCUCACCGUCGGCACCAGCCGUCGAUACGUCCUCACCCAAGCACAACGCCGAAACAGCGGCCAAAGAAAGGCCGAAAAAGCGCCGCAACAGCAAGGAAGAGAAGCAUGUCGCGGCUACCGAUGCGUCAUCGCCGAAGCACAACGCCAAAGGAACAGAUGCAGCGUCCAAAGAAAAGCCGAAACAGCGCCGCAACAGCAAGGAAGAGAAGCAAUCCCUCGCACAGCCCGGCCAGCUAGCAAAACGCAAAUCCAUCCUCAUGGCGUACGCCCUCUGGCUGGUCGGUGGUGUGUUCGGGGUGCAUCACUUCUAUCUGCGGCAGGAUCGGCGUGCCUUCGUCUGGUGGUGUACGUUCGGGUAUGCCGGCAUCGGCUGGCUGGCGGACGUGCUGCAGAUCCCGUCGAUGGUGCGCGAUGUCAACAACGAUCCACGGUUUGUGGAGGAGUUCAAUGCAAAGCUGCGCACGAACCGGAAGCCCCCGUUUUCCACCGGCCGGUUUCUGCUGGCGAUCAUGAUCGGCUACUUUUGGGGCCAGCUGAUCAGCCUGGCGAUCCCGCAGACCGAGUUUGUCGGCAUCGAUUGGGGCUUUCUUCACUGGCUGAUUCCGUUCGGUGUGGCGUUGGGUGUCUGGACGGUGGGCAAUACGGGGCGUGAGAAGGGUGUCCUGUGGCACUGUCUGGUAGCGUCGUACGUAUCCUAUCUUUCGCGCUACUUCAUCAUGGAGGAAGAGUACUGGUUCACGAUAAUGUCGUUCUGCAGCGCGCUCGCGUUCGACAACCUCUCCAAGGAGUGGAACCUGGAGGUGCCCAAGAAAAAACGACUUGUACGACGACUGGCAGUGCUGGGUACGGCAGCAGUUAUCUAUCUGGCCCUGUGGGGCUGCUUCCUCUACUUCAACGGUACGAUCACGGACAGCGAGGGUGACGAGGUCCCAGUGCACGAGGCACUGUACAACUUCCUCAAAUCACCGUGGUGGACGGACCUGAAGCAGACGCUGCACGACACUUACCAGUUUGCGAAGCAUCACGGCUGGGCCGAGGUUUGGAAACAAAUCGUCGACUCGAUGGAUGUGGACGGCGAGCAGAACGCGUACAAGGUGCUGGGCAUUAGUGCGACCGCUUCGCAGGUGGAAAUCAAAACGCUCUGCCGCAACCUGUCGAAGGAAACGCACCCGGACAAGGUGAAGGACAAGAGCCGGCUCCGGGCGGCCGAGGAACGGUUCAUGGAGAUACAGCAGGCGUGCGAGGCGCUCAGCAAGACGCGCCGGAAGCGCCGCCAGCGCAACAAAAAGUCCGAUGAACUGUAAAAGAAGGAGAACGAGAGAGAGAGAAGAAGGUUUAGCGAAGUUGAUCAGUUUCAGAGAUGUACUUAGGCAGGUAAAAGAAGAAUGGUAGAGUAGAAUUAAUUUUAACCUCACCCUGUUACGUAGAAUGUGUCCGAACCGAAGAAUAAAAGGAAUAUCUUAUUUAUGGA